GGAGCAGCGUCGACAUCGGCAGCAGCAGCAGCGGCGGCGGCGGCGGAGGCCACGACGGGCAACUUUGGCGAGGCGCGACCUGUUGCCUCCUCAGACAUGUUGAGCCCCAAGAUGCAGCGCACCGUGCGCGUCAACGACAGCCAGCUGGUCAUGCUGUCCGAACGCGCACACUACGACCACAACAUGACCGGCUACCUGUACAAGAAAACGGCCGACAGCACCAAGUGGCAGCAGCGCUGGUUCGUCCUAUACCAGAAUCUGAUGUUUUACUACGAGUCCGACACAUGCAAUAGGCCAUCAGGAGUUCUCCUGCUGGAAGGCUGUUACUGUGAGAGACUCAUCACGGCAGGGUCGGCAACCAAGAACAAAGACGGAACAGACAACAAGCAGUACUGUUUUGCGAUUUCAUACCGGCGGGAGAACCAGCGUCAGUACGAGUUGCGGGCCAACAGCGAAACCGACUGCAAGAUGUGGAUCGAGGCCAUCCGGGAAGCAAGUUUCAACAAGCUGCUGCUGCAAAAGGAAGAGCUGGAGCAGAAGCACUUGCACCUCCUCCAGAUCGUCGAGAGUGAAAAAACGGCCAAGUGGCAGUACACCCAGCAGUGCGAGGAACUGGCUUCCGAAAUCAAAAAGCUGCGAGCGGAGGUGAGAUCUGAACAUCAUUGGAAUCAGCUCAAAUUGUGUGCGUUGAAGAGGGAGUGGCGCCCCGUACCAGUGAAGCAGACAAGUUUGGCCGGUCCUCUCAAGGAGGCUGACGAGCUACGGAAAAUUAAAAAGGUGCAGAGUUUCUUCCGAGGGUGGCUGUGUCGGAGGCGGUGGAAGCAGAUCGUCGAGGAGUACAUCAAGUCACCGCACGCUGAGAGCAUGAGAAAACGCAACAGCCUGGUUUUCCGCAUGGUAGAGUCCGAGGAGGAGUACAUGGAGCAGAUGGAGGUGCUGGUCUCGUGCUUCCUGCGACCCUUCCGCAUGGCGGCCAGUUCAAAAAAGCCGCCGUGCUCGCACGAGGACGUCAACUCGAUCUUCCUGAACAGCGAAACCGUGCUCUUCCUGCACCAAAUCUUCCUCAAGGGGCUGACCUCGCGCAUGGAGAGCUGGCCGACGCUCGUCCUUGGAGAUCUCUUCGACAUGUUGCUGCCCAUGCUGAGUAUUUACCAAGAGUACGUCCGAAAUCACCACUACAGCUUGCAGGUGCUUACCGAGUGCAAGCAGUCGCCGGCGUUUGCAGCCCUGCUCGCCCGCCUCGAGAAUAAGCCUGCCUGCCAAGGCAGGUCCCUCGAGACCUUCCUCACCUACCCCAUGCACCAGGUUCCCCGUUACAUUAUAACCCUCCACGAGCUGUUGGCACACACACCGCACGACCAUGUGGAACGCAAGAGUUUGGAGAACGCCCGGCGGCAACUCGAAGACCUUUCCCGGCAGAUGCACGAUGAGGUGAGCGAGACGGAAAAUCUGCGAAAAAACCUGGCAGUGGAGCGGAUGAUUGUGGAGGGCUGCGACAUUCUGUUGGAUGUGAACCAAGUCUUCGUGCGACAAGGAUGUUUGAUCCAGGUGCUGAGCGACAAGCAGAGAUCACAACGUAGUCGACUAACCAACUUCAAAACUGAAAAGGAGGCACUCCGCCAGUGUUUCCUAUUUUCCAACCAUCUUAUCCUUGCCACAAGAACAUCUGGGGGCCGUUUGCACUUGCUGCCAGACAUCGGCAAGAUCCCCCUGGCGGAUGCCGUCCUGAUCGAGGACCCGAGUGAGUCGAGCGCAGCAACAGACGAUGACGGUAUGGCAUCCUCCACGGCCCAGUCGCCCCAACAUCUACUCAAGCCCGCCUCCACGCGGGAACCAGGUGCUUCAGUGUGCUCAGCGUCAAGUCAGUCCAGCGGCACCAGCGAGAGCAGCACCACGACCGGUACUGCCCAUUUGACUUCGGGCCAUAAGUCGUCUGACCUGCACAACCGUGAUUUCAAAAUCGUGCUGGACGUGAAGAGCAGCUCUUCGGGCGGCGGCGCCUCUCAGGGCUCCGCCAGCAACCAGAUCACGGUCCACCUCGUUGCUUCAACUAUGCAAGAGAAGCAGGCGUGGAUCAGUGACAUUAGCCAGUGUAUGGACAACGUACACUUCAACGACCUGCUGCACAGCUCCAUGUCUGACACGUCUAGCGUCACAAUGCCUCAGUCGAUAAAAAACGACCCCAAACUCUUCAAGGACGAUGUGGACAUCCGCUUCAGUCGUACACUCAACUCGUGCAAGGUGCCGCAGAUUCGUUACGCAACUCCUGAGCGACUGCUGGAGCGCCUCACAGACCUCCGCUUCCUCUCCAUUGACUUCCUCAACACUUUCCUGCUGACAUACCGGGUCUUCACAGACGGCGUCACGGUGCUCGAGGCGCUCAAGCGCGUCUUUUACAGCGCCGACCCCCCGGACCAGCCAUCAGCAGGACCAGAAUCUUUCAUGGCGAUGGAGGGGAUUACGGGCAGGGAAGAUCCAAACAUGUUACAUUUGUACGAUACCGAGCGGCGCCGCAGCAGCGCUUUGUCCCCGUGCCGCAGAACCAGCGGUGCCAGUUCCGUCUCAGAGAUGCUUUCAGGCUACGGCUCUGAGAUGAGUGACCGUGACAGGAGCCACAGUUACGACUCGCAGGCGGGUUACUCAAAGGGCCACUGGCGCUGCAGCUUCCGCAAAUUUGAAGAUGAUCAAGUAUCUGGUCUGCAGAAAAUCAGGGAAGCUACUGCCAUCACUGAAGUCACAGUGACAGCUUCACCUGGCACGCCAAGAAAGAGUGUUACUCUGAAAGUGGAUCCUGACGGUGAAGCAGAGCCGCCCGGCACAAAGUUCCUCCAAAUUCCAAAGUCCAUAGCCGUAUCUUCAAGCUCAGAAACACUAACAGGUGACACGGUUACGAGUGUUCCCUCGUCGCCUGGCAACCUGAGUACCAUGACCUUGGUGGCCUCAAGCUCGGAGGACAGUGGAGAGUCUGACAAAACCCUAGCCGGAAGGCCAAUAGCCAAAACUGAAAGCUCUUCUGCGCCAACGCAUCAGCCACCUCCACCGCCAGAAAGAACUCAGCCAAUUCGUCCUCCUGAUCCGCCUCCGCGUCCUUCCAAACCCCCAGCGGUUCCAGCUAGGUCGUCCAUCUCUGCCAGAAGUGAGAGAGCGUCUGUGACAGAGUAUGAAGACCAGGAUGACGCCGAACUGGAAAGGGCUGCGGCUCUGAGGUCAUCAUCGAUUGGUACUGCAAAUGUUGCCUCCUCCUUCAUCCAGAGUUACUACGCUGGUCGUAGGUCUGUGGUUGACACCGAGGGCGGCGGCACCGUGUCCCAAAGGGCCAGUUUCCAGCACGACUCGCCACAAACGUCGAGUAAAGCCGGUGUGGUCAUCACCUCAUUCCGUCAGUCACAGAGAAGCAUUGGAAACGAACCGCUCUGGUCGAGCACUUCUUCCGCAGCGGCAGCUUUCGCCAUCGCCACCUCGGCCUCGAGCAACCCAAGGGACCACACGCCAGCCGUGCCUGUGAUGCCGAGGGCCUCAAGGUGCAGCGUCGGCGACGCCAUGAGUCUACGCGGCAGCUGCAGAGACAGAAACCGCAGGAAGGAGUCGGUCAUGUCCACGGCGGCCACCAUGCGGGUGCUCAACGUCCUCAGACACUGGGUGUCCAAACAUGCUCAGGACUUUGAGUUGGACCAGAGGCUGAAGUCAAUGACUAUUGAGUUUCUGGACGACAUCACUUAUAGCCCAAAUCUGUUGCCUGCCGAGCACAAAGCAGCGUCGCAAUUGCUGAGACUAAUCACCAGAGAGGAACCUGAUCACGUCAAGGUGGAUUUGGAACGGCUGCUGGCAGCGCCAAAGUCACCAAGCAAGGAAAGCAUUGAGACCCUCUCUGCUCUGGAAAUUGCUGAACAAAUGACCUACUUGGACCAUCAGAUUUUCGUCUCCAUUUGUAGCGAAGAAUUUCUUGGUCAGGCUUGGAUGAAGACUGACAAAGCAAACAAGGCGCACCACAUUCUGCUUAUGACCAAGCGCUUCAAUGAGGUUUCUCGUCUCGUCGUCUCGGAAAUCGUUCGAAGGGACAAUUUGGCGGCCAGAAUAGCAGCCAUCGAGAAGUGGGCGGCUGUGGCUGACAUCAGUCGCUGCUUGCACAACUUCAACGGCGUCCUCCAAAUUUGCGCCGCGUUCACCAAUAGCUCCGUCUUUCGCUUGAAGAAAACUUGGGAGAAAGUUUCCAAAACUACAAAGCAGUCAAUUGAAAAGCUGCAGACCAUUGUGUCCGCAGAUGGCAGAUUCAGAAACCUGAGAGAUGCUCUGCACAGAUGCGACCCUCCCUGCAUCCCAUACUUGGGCAUGUAUCUGACGGAUCUGUCAUUUAUUGAGGAAGGCACACCAAACUUUACUGAUGAGGGUUUGCUAAACUUCUCAAAAAUGAGAAUGAUUGCUCACGUCAUUCGUGAGAUUCGCCACUUCCAGCAGACGCCAUACAAAAUUGAAUUAAUUGCCAAAGUGACAAACUACCUGCUGGACCCAACACUCCUGCUGGAUGAUGACCAACUGUACAACAUGUCGCUAGAAAUUGAGCCCCGCACCUCGAGGCUGGGUUCAGCGGUCGGCAUGAGCCAAUGCCAGGACUCCAACUAGGAAGCCAAGUUCCGAGCAGCAUAUCCAACUUUAUAGUAGUUGACAGAAUCACACUACACAUCAUAAAAGCACUCCUAAUCAAAAUCACGAGAGUAAUAAUUAUAUGGAUUGUGACUAUGCAACUGCCCUGUGUGUACUUGUGUGUAGAGAGAGUUUUUGUGCAGACGAAACUGUGCUAUUUUCAUGUUGUGCAUCAAUAUCUGUCUGAAAGAAAUCGUCACACGACAAUUGGAUCAAGUUUUGCCAUUUAGAUUUUAGUGCUCCUCAAUUGGCAUUCAGAAAAGUAAUAUCAAGCACAAAAUGUGAUAAAACAAACAAAACACAGUUCUAGAAAUUGGAAUCCAAAUAGUAAGUUUAAAUAACUAAAUUAUUUUUGCCUAAAAGAUCAGUUUGUGAUUUCACAUAGGAAUAAUUUGAGCAGGAAAAUUAAUUCGGUUCCUACGUGUUUACCAAUCGAAAGUAUUUUUGCGCUAUUUAUUGAAUAUUUUGCAAAGAUACUCUAUUUCAAAGCAAAAACGCUGGCGUUUAUAAAUCAGGAUCAAGAAAUUUUCCGCUUAAUACUCGGCAGUUAAAUGAUGGUAAAUGUACCAAUACAAUAGUAUCAAAUUAAUCAAAAUCAGGUAUUUCGUGCAUAUUCGUAAAAUAUUUCAGAGUAUUUUUUGAGCAUUUUGACUCACUAUGAAAGUGAUCGCAGCAGAAGUCAUAUCCUCUCAACUUAAAAAAAAACUGCGCACACGUGGUAUGCAAAAUGAAUGUUGAGUUUAGACGGCGUAAUUCUUUUCGUUAGUUCGCGGUCGCCAUACUUAAUUAAUUUCCUCGAUCUUACGAGCGAGACGUGGAAACCAAAGCAGUUAUUCUAAAAGCAGUGCGAAUUCUGUCUCACAUCAAGUCAUAAAAAUAGUAUUUGAAAGAAAGGAAAAAAACCCGAAACAAGGAACGAAGUUUGCAUUCGAGAGCAAAAAAAUUAUCCAAAUAUUAAGAAGCCUUUUGUGUGUGUGUAUCAAACUAACUAACAUUCCUUUUCAUCUCUCUUGUAGACGCAGAGUCUAUAAGUGAAGUAUACGGCACAACACUACUUAAGUAAGGUGGAAGAACGACGUGUGUCCCAAAACUAUGAACCCCCUAAUCUGUCUUCCAUACUCUUGAAUUUGCAGUCAAGUAGUCUCGUGUGUCGACAAAACUAUAAAUUAUCAAAGAAAGCGCGCACACGAAAUUUUUCGAAUUAUAAAAAAAAAUUAUCUUCUUGCGCUCAUAUCUAGAAAUAACUUUGCGAAAACUGAACCAAAAAAAUAUACAUAACAUAUUUACCCUUUUCUCAUUUCAAUGCGUGCGAAUGUGUGAAUCGAAAAGCAACAAUUCUUAGUCUUGCCUUACGAUUAAAAAUCUUUAUAAAUUUUAUAUGUACCUUUUUAUCUGCGCAUUAUCAUCUUUUACUAUAAAACACUAUAAAUGCAGCAACAAUGCAAAGGAAAAGCGAAUCAAAGAUUUAAAAACUCCUCUUCUCACAAAAAUAAACAAUUCUAGUCUACUUCUCUAGUCAUUAAUGUAGCGAAUAUUUGCGUUCAACAUUAUCGCUGAGAAUACCUCACAAAGUUGUUCCCUAAUGAAAAAGAAAUGUGUUAAUUAUAAAUAUUGAUCUAUCCAAAAAUGCUGUGCGUUGUUGGUGUCAUCGUAGAAAAUGUCAUUGUUUCGCUGGCGAUGUGUACAUAUUGUAAAUCUAUUCCGUGAAUGUGUGAAGGAGGUCUGCUUAGGACACAAUUAAUUAUUAUUUUGUUGGAAAAAGAAGCAGGGUCAAAAAGAGCAAAACUCCUGGGGUUACGAAGCAGCCGAAUUUUUGCAAAGGGGAAAAUAUAAUACGUUUUUACUGGGAUUCAUCCGACUAGCUUAUUGCUCUGUCAUCGUAGUUAUUAUUUUCUGAAGGAAAAAUUCGCAUAUCAGAUCCAAUACGAAAAUUUCAUUUUCUGGGUGAUUGUUAUAGCGUUCGACCUCUACCUCUCAUUCUCAGUGCUUCAAAAUCCCUCUCGCAAAACUUGCAUACUGCUAGAAAUACAUUUCCCGCGGUCAACGCACUUUUGACGAGGAUAAAAAGUUCCGUCAUAAUGCAAUAUACCGUGCAAAAAAGUAUGUAAAUAUCCGUAUGCGGUGACAAACAAGACGCGUUUUAUUACACACAGUGAAUGUGGAAUUUUGUUGUUACUACUGCCAAUACUUAUGACAAUUGGCCUGCCUUCUUAAAGCUUUAAGCAAUAAUAAUAUACAUACUAGGCGUUCAUAACAAAAAGUAGAGAGCAGGAGAUUAUGAGAGUAACGCAAUUCCACUUUUAGCGAGCAGAGAAAAAGAAAUAUCCUCCAGUAGGUUCAGGUUGGAGAAAAAAUCAUUCUUCAGAAGACCCAUUCAUUGAAGUUCUAUAUCAAUGGUUGUGAAAAUGUUGUAGAUAAAUAUAAUUAAUUGUGGUGGCAAAACUUAAGUAUCAAAAAUCGUAUCCCCCAUUAAAAAGUGUCCCGGUCAUAUUGCUCGUUAGUUGUUGAACAGAGGGGACGAUUAAAAAAAAAAUACUAAACAUGAGACAAGUUUUGAAGAUAGCAUAUCGAAAUUACAUGAUUGAAAAAAUUUUUCCGCCUCGUUCAGUUGGUUUCCAUAAUAUUUUAUUCCGCUUCUCUGAUUGGCAACAAGUGAAAUAUUCCUAAUAUUUUUGUAAGUGUUAAAACUAAUUGGCUAUUUAAAGAUAUUCAAUUCAAAUCAUUAUCACUGUUGAAACGUCAGAAGAUUAUUUCCCCAAAAACAAAGAAAAGUAUAUAUAUUGCUGUUGCAUUGCCAGAGUUGUUCACAUGUUCCAAGCAUCCCAAUCAAAAUCGUGUUGAUCGAUUUAUUAACCGUUGUUUUAAUUAAGUGUAGUGAUGUGUACGUCGGCGUGGCAAACCAAAAUAAAUUCUUCUGUCGUGCAUGAGUCUAAGAAUGUAUUCAGUGGUUAGUUUGUAGUAGACAGAAUACACAUGUGAAAUCAAGGUGGAGACCUUUCGAAGAGUUGUGUCCCGUGUGAAUGCAAGAAAUUAAAAAAAAAAAAAAAUUAAACACGUAGCCGAAUCGUCAAAUUACACACACACACACACGA